CUCUCGCGCUCUCCCUCCCUCUCUCUCUCUCGUUCCCUCUCUCUCUCUCUCUCGCGCUCUCUCUCUCUCUCUCUCUCGUGUCAGGCUCUUUUCCUGCCGAGAGCAGUGAUACAGCAGCACCCCUCUCUUCCUGCAGCUCCCUGUACAAACAAAUAUACAGAUAUUCCACCACCCCCACCUUGUUUUGGCGCUUCAUCUAUCAGAGUCUUUAGCACGCUCCCUGUCCCCUCUUCCCCAGCAAUGGUGUGGUGACGGAACGCUGGCUCUCCGCUCAGACGAUGUCUGUGGGUAGCAGUACGGCAGCCUGCAAGGACAGUUGGCUAUAAAUACAGGAUCACAAUAAAAUAGCAUAACCUGAGAUCCCGAGAUCAGAAGUGAAGAGGUGGCUGGCGAUCUCCCUCCUUACCUUCUCGUUCAGAGAAUGCAUCUCUCUAUCACUUUGACUCUGCUUCUGUUGGUUGGUGCUAGCCCUUGCCAGACUCUCUUCCCAAGUCCGGAGGAAGGCUGGGAGAUAUACAGUUCUGCCCAGGAUCCCGAUGGGAAGUGCCUGUGUGCAGUGGUUGCCCAGCGGAGUAUCUGCUCGCGUGACGCACGCAGUAAGCAGCUGCGCCAGCUGCUGGAGAAGGUUCAAAACAUCUCCCAGUCCAUCGAGGUCCUGGACCUACGAACCUACCGGGAUCUCCAGUACGUGCGGAACACAGAGUCACUGAUGAAAGUUCUCAACGCCAGGUUAAAAGUAGCGACCGAGAGCCAAUCGAAUCUGUUGAACAAAAACUUCCAGGAACUAAAGGACAUGAUGAAUGAAUUGCUGCCUCUGAUCCCAGUCCUCGAUCAAUACAAAUCUGACGCGCGAUUGAUUCUCAAGUUGAAAGAGGAGGUUCGAAACCUGUCAGUGGUGCUGCUGGGAAUCCAGGAGGAGAUGGGUGCCUACGACUAUGACGAGCUGCAGCACAGAGUCCUGCUUCUUGAGCAGAGGCUACACGCAUGCAUGCAGAAACUGGGUUGUGGGAAGCUAACAGGCAUCAGUAACCCCUCCACCGUCCGAGCGUCAGGCUCCCGGUUUGGUGCGUGGAUGACCGACACUCUGGCUUCCAGUGCAGAGAAUCGGAUAUGGUCCAUGGACGGCUACCUAAACGGCCGCAUUGUCCACGAGUUCCGCUCCUUCAACGACUUUGCCAAGGGCCAGAAUUUCAUCUUCUACCGCCUGCCCCACCCCUGGGCUGGCACGGGCCACGUGGUCUUCAACGGCUCCCUCUACUACAACAAGUACCAGAGCAACAUCAUCGUCAAGUACCACUUCCGCUCCCGCCGUGUGCUGGUCCAGCGGAGCCUGGAUGGCGCCGGCUACAACAACACCUACCCCUACUCCUGGGGGGGCUUCUCCGACAUCGACCUGAUGGUGGAUGAGAGUGGCCUCUGGUCCGUCUACACAACCAACCAGAAUGCCGGCAACAUCAUCCUCAGCCGUCUGGAUGCCGAGACACUGGAGAUCCUGCAGAGCUGGGACACAGGCUACCCCAAGCGGAGCGCUGGCGAGUCAUUUGUGAUCUGCGGUACCCUCUACGUGACAAACUCACACCUUGCAGGGGCCAAGAUCUAUUUUGCCUACUACACUAACACAUCGAGCUACGAGUACACCGACAUACCAUUCCACAACCAGUACUCGCACAUAUCCAUGCUGGACUACAACCCAAGAGAUCGCGCGCUAUACACAUGGAAUAACGGUCACCAGGUUCUCUACAACGUCACGCUGUUCCACGUUGUAAAGACGUCAGGUGAAUUGUAAAGUAAUAGGACAAUUCUUUUUACAUCUAAAAGUAUCAUUUACUGAACAAAAGACUGUCUGGUGUGAGUGCGCAUGGUUCUUUGUGUUACUGAACAAUAAAGUUUAACUUUGAAAUGGUUAAA